AUGCGCAAGCUUCGCUACAACGUCGCCUCAACUCUGGAUGGCUUCAUCGCAUCUUCAGACCACACAACAAGUUGGAUCGUUGAAGACGCUAGCAUCGACUUCACCAGCCUCUACGCUCAAUUCUUAACUUUUAUCAUGGGUCGGCACACAUACGAGACUAUGCUCUCAUUCGGCGAAUCCAAUCCUUUAAAGUCAAAGUCUGUUGUUGUCGUUAGUCGUAAAAUGAGUCCUGACCAGCAGCUAGGCGUUGAAGUCAUCAGGGAUGAUGUCAUUAACUAUGUAAAAAGGCUGAAGGCUAAGGAAGCUGGAGAAGGCAACGAUAUCUGGGUCAUGGGCGGCGGUUCCUUGGUCGGUUUGUUUUUGAAGGAGAGGUUAGUGGAUAGCGUGGAGGUAGCGAUCAUGCCUGUUGUGCUUGGCGAGGGAGUGAAGAUCAUUCAUCUCCCUGCUGAGGGAGAGUCAAGAGAGAGUAAGGAAUGUACAAGAUGGACCUUGAAGCUUGAAGACUGUGAAAAGAAAGACAGCGGGAUUGUCAUGACAAGAUACGGGGUUUUUUAUGAAUGCUGA